GUCGAUUGAGGUUUGGCCGGCCCAGUUCGCGAUGGACUGCCCCCAAGGACCGUGUGGCCCAAACACCGAGGCGGACAAGGAGCUGCGACCUGAGAAGCGGCAUGGCCACGACCUUCGCAUCUCGGACUCGUCUCUUUCACAAGUUCGUCAAGAGGUGAAUAGACUGCUAUCGCGACGAACAGUACUGAUGAGAUCAAUUAUAAAUAGUUGGAGUUGUCCUCCUCCAUAGACAAUUGAGAAACAUCAUCAACCAUCACAACAGCAUCUUCAAACAACACAACCACAACAACACUCACAAAUACCUCUCAUCUCUUCCAUCCAUAACCAGCUCAUUUCCAACACUCAAAAUGCGUGCCACUACCACCGUCCUCUUCAUCGCCGGCCUCGCCGGCACCGCCUUCGGCGCUGCCACCAAGCAGUUCUCGGACGACAAGUGCCAGAACGAGAUCUCCAAGAAGGUCUUCAACGGCUUCGCCUCCGGCGACGCCGCCAUCAAGCCCGAGACCGUGGCCAUCAAGGUCGACGCCAUCUCCGACACCUGGUUCGCCUUCCAGGACAACGACGGCGGCGACAACUGCCGUGGAGACCUCAUCACCAGGCUGGACGACGACGAGUGUAUCCCGGUAGCCACUCUUGGAAUCGGCUGCACCCGUCUCUGCAGUGGCGGCCUGGGUGGUGGCGAUUGUGCGUCCAACGAGGAGCCCCUGUAA